AUGGGUGCCAUUCGCAAAAACGCUCUAUUAUUCACUGGUGGUCAAACGUUGCCUGUCUCUGAGGCCACAUCUCAGAAUACAACAACGAUUGCAGGUAUCACUGUUAUUGACACCCCUCUCGUCCGCGAUGCACAAGCUUUUGCUCGCCAACACAUGCUUGAUUCCAUAUACAACCAUGUCAUGAGAUCUUGGCUGAUUUCUGCGGUCAUCAUCAACGCCAACGAGACACUCCGCAGCACUGUUGACCUUGAAGUGCAUGCCAUUGCCUCGCUUCUUCAUGACAUAGGGUUAGACCCGACUGCGAAUUCUCCUAUUGUUAGCUCAGAUCGACGGUUUGAAGUCGAUGGCGCCUUUGCUGCCAGACAAUUUGUCGAGGAGCACGAGAUAGGUCAAACUUGGGAUAGUCACAGAUUGCAACUGCUGUGGGAUUCUAUUGCGCUGCAUGCCACAUUUACCAUUGCAGAUUACAAAGAACUCGAGGUACAGCUUGUGAGUACCGGAGCGGUGGCAGAUUUCGAGGGGCCGCCAGCUUUUCCGAUAAUACAGUCCUCUUGGAACACGUUGAUCGCCGAAUUCCCCCGAACCAAUUUUAGCACGAAUUUCAACGAAUCUAUUAUUCAUCUUUGCAUGAACAAGCCAAAUACAACUUACGACAAUUGGAUGCAACCAUUCGGUGAUCGAUAUGUUUCUGGUUACUCUUCGAAAGGCCAUGACUUGAUCGAUUUUCCAGUUUAUCCACAAAAAUGGCAUUGA